ACGUUAUUGUCAACAGUCGACAACAUGUCUGUGUGUCUGUAUAUAUAUAUAUUCAAUGUAUAUUUCAAAUAGGGAUUAUGUGUUUGAGUCCAGUGGGGGGUGGUUUUGGGUCAUUUCCUUACAUCCAUUUUCUUGGCCUGGAACAGACACACAGAGAAAGCAGAGCUCGGAGAUACUGUUUUCUGCCAAGAUCUCCUUGUGUGUAUUAUCUUGAGAAUCCAAGAAAAACUCCUGGGGAGGUCUCUACCAGUGUGGGGGUCAGCAACAGCAGAUAAAAGGUCCAUAAUGGUUUGGGGUUAAAGGUUAACUGAAACCUCAUUAUGAGCAGCCCCCACCUGGCUCCACUUCCUGAAUUUGUUCGUCAUUCACCCCAUGCAACGUCUGUGAUCAACGCAUGAACUCAGAGUUGUGAAACAACUGGAACUUUGGAGCAGCGCCCCUUUCGCUGUUCCUCAUCCUGUGCCUUCCCUUUUUUUUUUCUCCUUUCCCCUGACUGUCCCCCCUCCUUCCCCUGCCAACUCCCCCCAAACUCUGAGCUCCUCCUCUGCUGAAAAGACACAUUUCCUGAUGUCAUUACUAAAUCAAAAUGCUGCUCGGCAAACAGAUGUUGUGAGAGGCCCAACAUGUGGAUCCAGUGAAAUAAAUGAACGAGCUGGUCAUGAGAAAACACGAGCCGUGCAUUUCAUUUAUCAUUCAAUCAAUGAAGCCAUCUCUCGCUCUCUCUCUCUCUCUUACUGCUCUUUUAAAGUUGUGAGUGGUGACAGUGAGAAACUACCUCGUAGAUGAAACACACUGGUGAGCUGCUCGUGACAGAAAAGAACAAACACUUGCCACAGCUAUAGUGGAAAUAUCUGCUUUUAAACAGCCCGUCAGCUGUGUCUAACAACUUGUUCCAGGUUUGGUCAAAUUAACCUAGAUAUGAAAUCCAGGCUGUCUGCACAGCACACCCUGCAGCGUCAUGAUUACUUCCACCCCAAAACGCUAAAGCCCUAAAUGUUUACUUAUGUUUCCUAUUUGGCAGAGGCAGCCCAAAAGGCAAAUAAAUCACAUGCUGUGAGCUGGCCAGGCCGUCGACUGUGAGAAACUGAGACUAAAAAGCAGAACAAGAGUUAAAGAGUAAGGGUUUUCAGAUGUGAGUCCAGCCCAGCUUGGGUGUGCUCCCUUUUAUUUGGGAGAAUGGAGAAGACAAUCUUUGUUGCCUCCACCCCUUUAAAAAGGAAGAAAGUCCUAAAGAAACGCGUGUUGGAGAGGGGAAGCACUGCUGCCAAGGCGCAGGGCCGUCAGACAGAUCUUCGAAGAACAUCUGGUAACCGCGGGUAACACUGUUUGGACAUCUGGUAACCGAAGGUUACACUGCGUCUCUUCCAUCCUGCCGGGUUUCCUGUUAUGCCUCGCUGUACACAGACUAAGACGUGUAGGUUUAUUAUACAUGGUCAUCAGCUGGGGGAAUCGCACCUUUAUUCGUUUUCUUCUGACAUGAAUGGAGCACUUGGUUUCAUUGGGGUAUUCCUCUCCUUUCUCUCCGACACCACUUAUGGAGUGGCUACCGUGCCAUUUGCUUGUGGGAAUGAUACUCACCGUUGCCCGGAUAUAUGCAACUUCUGUAGUGAUAUGUACGGUGCUCCAACAAUGGAUUGCCUGUCAACCCUGAUUGGCCAUUUAUGUCUCAACACUUUUGAGAGUUCAAUGGCGUCACUAAACAGCACUGACUGGUGCAUUUGGGGUAACGUGAGCGGUUUGUACAGUAACCUAAGCCAUUGCACAGAGGAGAUGUCUGACUGUCUCUUGAUCCCGUGGCCCAACCCGCUGGUGGAAGAGACCUUUGUGGACAUUCACACCAGGUUCUUCCAGGAUUGUCCAGCAGAGGAGUUGACCGACCCGCCGCCAGUCGUCGUCUUAGCCCUGGUGGUAACUCCCAUCUGCCUGAUCCCGGUCAUGGUCAUCCUUGUGGUGUUCAAAACUAAGAAUGGCGAUGGCAGCUACUGAGGAUCUCAAGUCUUGGUUCACAGUCACCAGGGAAAUCACGAUUUUGGACCUAUGCUCUGUCUAUUCUCCCAACUCGAGGACUGCUUGUUUACACGCAGGCUGCUGCCGCUCUUUAAUCGCACCGGUGAGCUUUCAGAGGAGUGACUGUCUCUGACAAGUUUACCUGCACUUCACUUCUCUGAGGAAUUCUGAAACAUCAGCAGCAGAGAAAACCGAUCAAUAGACACUUCUGACCCAGAGUUAAUAAUGUCAUAUUCUGUGGCUGAUCAGCGACAAACUCCCUGGUGUUAACAGACGCUAACUGUGACAAAAUCCUUUGUUAUUAUUAAUUCAUGUACUGUAUCUCAUUAACACUUUUAAAGAAGAGAGACUGUGACAAAAGAUUUGCUUUCAACCACCGACUGGAAAUCGGAACACUGAUGGUUUUGGUUACAUCCAAACUGGAUGCACAUGUUCGGAAAACGGCUCUAUCUGAAAUGGAGAACACAAUUUUCAGGUUUAUGAUGACAAAAGCUCUAGAGCUUGCAAAAAUAUAUAUUUGUUGACAGUCCUCGUUAAGUCUGACACCAUCUGUCUCGGUAAAAGACAAGAUUCUGAAAUGAUUACUUAUUGCUGAACUCGUGAGCUCUUCAAACUUAACUCUGCUUUGAGCCACUAAUUAGACGACGUACUAUUCAAACCAAGGCUGAUCUGAGUACAGGUAUGCGUUCGUACUUUGAUAUAUGCAAAUUAUCAUCUACGUGUACACAGGGGGAACAGGAAACGGAGUAUAGUGUGAUGUAUGGAUGUGGUUACGUGAGUCAGAGCAUAUGGUUGGGGGGGUCAGAGGUUACAGAUGGGACACAAUGAAUGGGUACGCCCAGAGAGGGAGAUCCUUUUCCUGGUAUUGUCUAUUUCUUGAAUAGUAUUGAAUCCUUAAGCACUUUCACUGUGACAAUCCUCACGAUCUUAUAUUGAUGAGCUGAACGAAGUGUAUCUAACGUCUCAGUCCAGUUCAGACAAAGGGACAUAUUUAGUUUGUCUGUGCAGCAUAGUGAUAAACACUGAUCGAUGACAAGAAGAUAAGCUUGCUGUCUUUUGCUUGAAUCUUGAUACCCUUGGGUAUGUGUUGUUAUGACGAUAAAGCCAUUGUAAGCGCUUUCAGAUUUGGAACCAAAUGUGUAUUUAUAUACUGUGUUAUUUUUCUGCUAUUGUCAGGACUUACUGUGCUGUCUGUGAGAACACACCCUGCCUGCUCUCACACCAUGUACUGUAUGUACUUUUUAUAUUUUAUACAAUUAAAACUACAGUUGGAAUGUUG